UUCGUCCUCGUGCAAGCAGCCUCUCUAGUGGGGGAUUCUCCCAGGACGCCGGCCAGCGCCAAUCAGGUCGCUCGGUACCUGCCCCCAGCCUCGGCCACCUGGAGGGGCGAUGAGGCGCCACGCUCGGUGCGGGGCCAGUGCUCCGAGCGCCGCGGAGGGCACAGGAGCCUCACGUGCGCCGCCCCAGCCGCGGGCGCCGGGACGCGCAGACCCGGUGGGAGCCGGACGCCGAGCCGCCGCCCGCGCGGAGCCGCCGGACUGAUGCCUUGGCCAUGACGCACCCCCAACUGCUGUCUGCUCAGGCACAGCCUGCGUGACUGAGCCGCCGCCGCUCCGGCUGUUUCACGUCACCGUUCCCGUUACUGAACAGUUUGAUGGGGCGUCGGGCGGAUGACAGCGGGAACGGUUGUGAUCACUGGCGGAAUCCUGGCUACGGUGAUCCUCCUCUGCAUCAUCGCCGUCCUGUGCUACUGUAGGCUCCAGUACUACUGCUGCAAGAAGAGCGGAUCUGAGGAUGCAGAUGAGGAGGAGGAGCAGCAGGAGCACGACCUCCCCGCACAUCCCAGAGGUGCCAGCUGCAAUGCCUGCAGUUCCCAGGCGCUGGACAGCAGAGGCGGCCUGGCGCCUCUCCCGGGCGAGCCCUGUGGCCAGCCGUGUGGGGUGGCAGGGAGCCACUGCACCACCUGCUCCCCAUACAGCUCCCCCUUUUACAUACGGACGGCUGACAUGGUGCCCAAUGGGGGUGGAGGCGAGAGGCUCUCCUUUGCCCCUACAUACUACAAAGAGGGGGGUCCCCCGUCCCUCAAAUUGGCAGCACCCCAGAGUUACCCGGUGACCUGGCCGGGCUCUGGGCGUGAGGCCUUCACCAAUCCAAGGGCUAUCAGUACAGACGUGUAACCCCCUCCACCUCUGACCACACACACCACGCUGCUGCCCCGGCGGGGCCAAGGGGGCAGCGAGGGGCCCUCCGACAGCCC